GCAGAUAUAGUGCUUCGUGGAUAUGGUGGUUGGAACACUAGGCUGGCUCUACUGGUUUUGGACCAAAUAUUUCCGAAGGAUGCAACAAUACAACCAUCACUUGUUAUCGUAUACUUUGGUGGAAAUGACUCGAUGAAACCUGAUCCAAAUGGUCUAAAUGCUCAUGUUCCUCUUCUUGAAUAUAUACAAAACAUGAAGAACAUUGUACUUCAUAUCAAGAGCCUAUCGGAAAAGACUCGAAUAAUAGUUCUUAGUACUCCGCCAGUGAACGAGGAAAAAAUCAUCAAGUUGUUCGGAAUUUCUCGACGUUCAAAUGAGAGCUCACAUAUAUAUUCAGAAGCUUGUAUAAAAAUGUGCAAAGAGUUGGGGAUCAAGGUGAUUGAUCUUUGGACUGCACUUCAAAAUCGAAAUGAUUGGUUAUCUGCUCAUUUCACGGAUGGUAUUCAUUUAACAGCAGAAGCAAGCAAAGUUGUGGUUAAGGAAAUCUUAAAGGUUGUGAAAGAAGCAGAUUGGGAGCCAAAUUUACAUUGGAAAUCAUUGCCAAAUGAAUUUGCACAAUGUUCACCUACUAUCUUUGUUGGGACUGAUGGUAACACUCCUCUUAAUGUUGCUGAUUUGGACUUGGACUGGCAAGCCCAAUGGAUCUGACAGUAUGAAUGUUCUGUCAUGUUCGUCGGCGGCCAAGAUAGGAAUUUCUCUAAUAAUUUUUUGACCUGUCUCUGUAUUCUGUAUAAUCACCUCUAACACUUUCUCUUUACAUGUCUAAACUAUCUUAAUCUCGUUUUCCUCAUUUUGUCCAUCAUUCAAGGGGCCAGUCCCACCUUAGUAGGGUGAAUUGAAAUAGAUUAAUAAAUAUUUUUUGUUUUUUUUA